AGGAGAUUCGGGGGUGACACUCGCCGCCGCCGUGCCGGGCGCUUAGAGAGGGAGUGCGGCCGUGCCGGCCGUGACAGCACCCACCAUGCCGAGGUCCUUCCUAGUGAAGAGCAAGAAAGCGCACAGCUACCACCAGCCUCGUUCCGCUGACGAGGACUACAGCCUGCGGCUGGAGACGGUGCUAGCCCAGAUCUGUGCAGGUAGGACAUCAAACCUUGGCGGGAGCGGGCCGCCGCGGGAGCCUUCCCGGGGGCGCUUUUCCCCGGAAUCCCACCUUACCGAGGCUGCCGAUGGCACCUCCGAGUCAGCGCCCAGCUGCGAGGGCAGUGUCUGUGACAGAGUGUCCGAGUUCGAGGACUUCUGGAGACCUCCCUCGCCCUCCGUCUCGCCAGCCUCGGAGAGAUCUGUGUGUCCAUCCCUAGAUGAAGCACCCCCUUUCUCAGUGCCCUUCAAACCGUACAUGUGGAACAGUCUGGGUGGCUCUGAGCUCAGACACCUUGUGCAAAGCUACAGGCCCUGCCCGACGCUGGAGCGGACCUCAGCCCUGGGGCUCUUCUGCGACCGAGGCUCGGAGCCCGCCCUCUAUGGCGCCGAGUGUAGCUCUUCCCUGGGACUGUAUGGUGACUUCAGCUCCCCGGGCCCGGGGCUGUUUGAGCGGCCGCCAGCAGCAGCUCCUGGACUCUAUGCUGAAACUCAGCCUGGACUGCAGCAGGAGAAGGGGCCAGGUGGCAUCAAAGUGGAGUCUGACCUCUUGUGCCGCCCACUGCUCAUCAGCACUGGCUCUUACAAGUGUGUCAAGUGCAGCAAGGUCUUCUCCACACCGCAUGGCCUUGAGGUACAUGUGCGCCGCUCACACAGCGGCACGAGGCCCUUUGCCUGUGACAUGUGUGGCAAGACCUUCGGCCAUGCAGUCAGCCUGGAGCAGCACAAGGCCGUGCACUCACAGGAACGCAGCUUUGAUUGUAAGAUUUGCGGCAAGAGUUUUAAGAGAUCUUCUACUCUGUCCACCCACCUGCUCAUCCACUCAGACACCCGACCCUACCCGUGCCAGUACUGUGGGAAGCGGUUCCACCAGAAAUCUGAUAUGAAGAAACACACCUUCAUUCACACAGGUGAGAAGCCUCAUAAGUGCCAGGUGUGUGGAAAAGCCUUUAGUCAAAGCUCCAACCUCAUCACCCACAGUCGGAAGCACACAGGCUUCAAGCCCUUUGGUUGUGAUCUGUGUGGCAAAGGCUUCCAACGAAAGGUGGAUUUACGGAGACACCGGGAGACGCAGCACGGCCUGAAAUGAGUCCAAACUACAAUACGGAAAGGGCUACAACACUAUGAGAACAGACUCCCUUGGCUUCCCUGCUGGACCCAAGCCCUGUCCUGAACACAGACCCUGGCAUUACCUUUCUGAACAAGAGCUCAAACAGGAAAGAAGAGGACAGAGCCAUGUGUUGACAGCUCAACCUGAAUGACUGUGAAGGGGCAAAGUAAAGGCUGGAGUUUCUCUCCUUCUCUUCCCCUUGUUGUUUCUGAAAUAACACUCUUUUAGAUAUAAAGCCUAUAUAUAUACUCCAAAGACGGAUAAGCUAUCAAAUAUCUGCAAGCUGGAAAAUAUUUCUGCCAUGGCCAUGAUGAACCCCUUCAAGUUUUCAGUAGCUUGAAUCAGCUGGCAGGAAAUCAUGGGUAUAACAGUGUUUACAUGGGGUAAUGACACAGACCCAUCAGCAUCUGCCCUGGUUGAGUUCAGUGCUGAAUGGGCUCACUCUUGGAUGACUUCCUGUCAGGAAAACCUGGAGGAACAGGACUGUGCAGUUUGACAUCUUGCUGGUUUUUAACCAAAGGUACCAGCUUGUGUCUGAUCCUGCUCUCACUUAUUCUAGUGCAAAUCAGAAGCUGCAUUAACAGUUACAGAGAGGUCCUUUUUAUCCUCCCUGAGCCACCUCUCUCUGUGCAAGGCCUGACUGCUUAUGUUUGAAGCAUGGAGGGUUACUUCUUCCUACAUCCACUAGGGAGAAGGAAGCUUGUGAAAGACCAGUGGAAAAGCCAAAGCACAGAAUUAUGCCUUAGAACUAGAAACCAAUCCAACAAGUGGACCUGCCUGAGGAGGGCAGGAGCACCAGGGAAGCACAGACUUUCUGUCCAGAACCAUUACUGGCUUAUGCACUCUGGGCUUGUUCUAAUAACUGGAAAAUAGCUACUUAAUAGCAUCAGUUGUAUAUUUGUUUUUGGUUUUUUAAUUUUUAAAGGGAAACUUUCUGAGGUGGGCAGGACUUACUGUAAAAGUAUAGUUUACUUAAUUUGCCUUAACAACUCUGCAUGUACCUCAGUUAAAAAAAAAAACAAAACUGUUUUUACUUUGUUGACAAGUUUGUAA